AUGUCAAAUGUUUAGUUUUGUUUGGAUGUUAGAUUUACAGAGUUGUAAAAAUUUUGUUUUCAUGAUAAACUAAACUCCACGUUAAAUUCAGAAUUAUUGAAUUAUAAUUAAUACAUUUUCUAAAAACGAUCGAACUUACCCAGUUUCAAAAAUGUCUGUCUCGGUUAUAGCCGUGGCUACAGAAAGCGGCGUACCCAUAUUUUCAAGGAAACGAGGGAACAGCGAAAACAUUCAAUUCUCAACAAUAGCAUCUCUGCAUGGGAUCAACAUGUUCAGCAAAUGUCAUAAUUUGUCAAUGGUUGACACUCAAGUAGACAAUGGAAAUAUUUUGUGGAAGGAAUAUAGCAAGAGUGUCACACUAAUUGGAAUAGCAACAGGUGGCUUAGAGUGUGACUUGGAGCUCCUUCUGUCCACUGUCCAUAAUCUAAUGAUAUUCAGCAUUGGUAAGAAAGAGGUAGAAAGCUUUAAGAACAUUGACCAGAUUAAGAGAGACUUGCGACAGUGCUACCCAAUUCUAGACUAUCUACUGGAAUCUCUAGAUCCUGAAGCGGUGAUUAGUCCUCAUCCUACAUUAGUGUUGGAUUUGAUUCAGAGUAUAUUGUGCCCUCAAGCUCAUCAACUGCAGCAAGCAUUAGACAACUACGCAGAGAGCGUGACCGGUCGCUGGGCCUGCCUCAGCAUCCACGGCCACUUGGUAGCCACCAGUUCGGACUUCGGUGAAUUGGAUCCGCGGGAGGCGAGAUUGCUACUGUUGCUGGCUGCCACGCAAGAUGGAGCUCCGUUGAGAGAAACUCCUGUUUAUUUGCCGCAGAUAAGCCCUAAUGUGGCAUUCCGAGCUGUAACUUGCAAACUGCUGGCAGAUGUGUACAUACUAGUAGUGUGCGGGGCGACGCCAGCUCUCUCACAGAUUGACGAGAUAGUGCUGCAGUGCUGGGAAGGCUUCGCGCAAGUAAUCAAGGACGCGAAGGUCGCCUAUCCGAGGAAUUUGCCUAUAAGCAUUAAUUUCGAACCAUGUGUUUUGGGAAUCCUACUAGUUAAUACAAGCAAUCAAAGAUGCGUAUUUUCACGACACCUUCAUGCCAUCAACCAGAAGAAUCGAGGUAUGCCCGGCGCUCACAAAGUGGACAUAUUGAGGACUUUCUACGUCACUACAGCUAGGGAGCUGGCCCGGGAGGACAAAUCACAAAGUGGACAAAAAAAUGAAUUGGACGCAUUAGGUGGUAUGUGCGAAGUUACGUGGGUGUCGGAGUAUCACAAAUGCCACGCCCAGAAGUCCGGAGACCUACUCUGUUGCGCGCUUUAUUCAUCUUCAGUGCCCAGCCACACAAUGAGAUUAGUAACAAAUCAAAUGCUUCAAGAUAUUUCUACAAAUAAGGAGAUUCAUUGCAGGUGGCACCAGCGGUAUAUUGUUUGCUAGAGCAAAUCCCACAGGGAAUAUGCAGGGUGAUCUUUGAUGAUAACAAAACCAGUCCGCGCCCGACGCAUCAGCUGGGUAG